AUGGGGUCGUUUGACUGCGACCUCGCGGAGAACAUCAACUUCUUGCUGCAGGCCUUCUGCAUCCCGUUAAUCUCGACGAGUUGCACGGCCAGCCAAAUGCACAACUGGCUGCAGUUUCCGUAUUUUUUGAGGACGGCCACCGACGAUACUUAUCGUGCCCAGGUGAUGUACGAUGUGCUGAUGUCGCAGGAAUGGUAUCACAUAGCUGUGAUCAGUGACGUCAGCACCACCGGGUCCUCGCUGUCGUCACAGUUCAACAAUUUGCUCUACUACUGCACAGCGGCACAGGAUGCGAAUCCGAUAUUCCGGAAUCCCUGCAUCGAGCGCACGUUUGAAUUCGACUGCAGUAAUCACCAAAAGGUGACCGCCAAGCUCUACGAACUCCGUGAUUUUCUCGUCGAGAGCGACGUGCGAGUUUUUGUGGUGUUUGCCAAGGAUGAUUGCAUGGCCACAAUUUUGCUGGAUAUCCAGGCGCUCGGGUAUAAGAGGGGAGAUCUCCAAUUUGUCCUACCCUCGGUGCCGCUAAACGACUCGAAUCUGGACAUUCUGGAGUAUGCCUAUGCGGUAGAUGAUUAUAUCGAAUUGGUGGAUACGUUCGAGAAUGUCAUUAUGAAUACGCCGAUUAAGGAUACGGAGGUCGGCCCCUUCCGCCAACUCAUAAUGCUCGACAACCUCUGCUGGUAUGGCAACGAAAACGCCCCGUUCAGCUUCGAAUGUAAUGGCACUGAGACGCUACGCGUCCCUCCGCAGCUCGGUUUCCGCCAAGCCCGUCGAGUCAUCGACUCGCUCGUCUGGAUUGCGCAGUCGAUGGAGCGUUUGCAUCUCAACUUUUGCGACGCUAUCCCGGGAUUUUGCCCGGAUUUCUUUCAAAACUUCAACGGCGCUUCCUUUUUCGAGGCUAUGAACCACACCUCGUUUAAUUCCUUUGAUUCUGAGCACAUUUUUCGGCCUGUUAAUGGCAGUGCCCAGCCGAUUUAUAACAUCUAUCAGCGCCAAUCGACGGCCUGGGUUACGGUAUUCGGGAAAUACAACCCGCUGGAGGAAUUGGAGCCGGCUGAGGACAAUGUGGAUCCCAUUGACAUUCCGAUACUGUCCGCAAUUCUCAACGAGACGCGGACUUGCCAGAAGGACUGUGAGAAUGAGAUUGCGAACUUUCAGCCAGGCUGCUGCUGGAGCUGCACAGCCUGCCCGACAUUUGCCGUGGUCAAUGCUACGGUGCAGGCUUGCGUCCAAUGCCCCGAAAAUCGCAUUCCGAAUGAGCAUCGGAAUGCUUGUGUCAGUUUUGCGACGACCGACUUGUUUCUGAAGCCGAGCAGCGAGAUGAACGUUAUUAUCGUCCUCGAUGCUCUAGGAAUUCUCUUAACCCUCCCCGCCCUAGCUGUUCUGUUCUAUCGCCGUGAUACGCCUAUGGUACGCGCGGCUACGCCCGACUUGGCUUUUCAGCAGACGGUUAUAAUUUGCCUACUCUUCAUCUCAUCUGGGCUUAUGAUCCCGAGUACCUCUCCGGUCGCUUGUGGCUUCGUGUGGGGGAUGUCGGCAUUGCUACUGACGGCUACUCACUCGAUUUCACUUGCUAAAUCGUUGAGAAUCUCGAGAGCUGGUUUUUUCGUCCGAUUUGGUCAAAGGGUCAAAACUCCUCAAAAAGCUUCGUUAAUUCUCCACGCUUCGAUGGUUUUCAUACAGUUUUUCAUCAUAACCCUCUGGCUUUUACUGCGCCCACCCUCAAUUCAAUGGGAUCGCGUAACGCUUUUCCCGAGUUGCACUAGCAACAAGGAGGGCCAAACUAUCGUACUCUUGCUCAGUCCCGCUGUUAUCCUCGUGAUCAGCCUGUAUUUUCAGAAGAAAGCUUGUGGAAACCAGUACAUUUAUCAGGUAAAGCAAGCGCGAAUUGGCCUGGCAGGUACCCUAUGCUUCCUCGUGAACUAUUUGGUGUUUAUCGCCCUGAUUUUGAUCAAGGGCUCCACUGAUCAAUUCCGGACCAUUGUGCUGAUGUGUAUUCCGAUGGUUACCGGGUAUUUGGCGUGGAUCACGAACUUGUUGCCGACGACGUGGGAGGUCCUAACCAAGGCCAAGCAGAACGAUCAACAAUACGUGAGCCGGCAGCGGAGCCGACAAUUCCAGCAUGGAAACAUCAUGUACUACGUGGAGUCGGUGAUCUUCAACCGGCCAAAGGGGUUGACCAUUAACACGAUCGAUUCGGCGGAUGGUGUUAGGGAGAAG